AUGGGUCCUGCGAAGAUCUUUGGAGCAGGCAUAUCGGUUGCCCUGCUGGCCACCGCGAGCCCAAUAGCGCAGAGCCUCCCAGACCAGGGUACUAUUGGCGGUAUCCUCAAUCCCAUUGGCAACGUCAUUUCGAACUUGACCGCUCCGAUCAACAAUGAGGUAUUGCCAGGCGUUACGUUCCUUCUGUCCAACUUCACGGCUACGACGUACACGGGCACUGCCACGAGCUGUGAUAUGAAUGCUGCAGACGAGUACUCUACGACGUCUCCAGAGGCCGUGGGCAUUGACUCUCACAAGCUGAAGGCGGCGCUGAGCUACGCUGCUGUCGAUGGGUCUUUCUCUACCAAGGUGUUUCGAAAUGGUUGCGAGGUCGGGCAAGGGUUUCGAGAUGCCCUGAUGGAUCGAGUCCCUUCGCUCAAUGCUGGACAGACCAAGGCUAUCGUUGCUCUGAUAGCAGGUAUUGUUGCCGAUCGAGGAUGGGUCGACCUUGAUGCGCCGAUUGAUGACUACGUCGAGCCAGGGCUGGGAGACGCGGCGCAUCGGAGCAGGACGCUGAGACAGUUUAUGCAACUCACGUCUGGGGCGCAGGUCAACCAUGUGUCUGGGUUGAACCUCUUCGCGGAUAUCUCUCGAACGAGAGAAUACUUCUCUUCGACACUGCAGUAUCCAGCUGGCACCUACUACCAAUUCGACGAAAUCACUCCUUCGGUCGUCGUGUACUGUCUGGAACGUGCCAUUCAAAAAGCGAUGGGUACCAACAUCGACUUUCAGACCUUCGCGCAGCUCGCUCUCUUCGACCCCCUCGGCAUCCCAACGAGCGCGUACUUCUGGCAGAAAGACCGCUCAGGGGUAACCACUGGUUACUCUGGGCUUUGGCUUCGUCCGUUGGAGUUCGGACGCAUUGGACUGAUGCUUCUCAACAACGGUACAUUUGGUGGAUGCAGGAUUCUUUCUGAGGACUUUGUUCAAUCUAUGCGUCAGGGGACAACGGCGAACUGUGGUUUUGGUCUCUAUGUCUCGUUGAACAGCUGCCAGCCAGGCCAGACGCAGGUCAGCACCGACUACCCGAGUCGCUCGACUUUGCCAGGUGAGGAGUGGAUCCAAAGCGCACCGAAUGAUAUGUACUACUCGCUGGGCCUUGGGACGAAUACGUUUGUCAUCCCCAGCUUGAACAUGGUCGUCACUCGUGAUGGCUAUCAAGAACUCGACAUCGUCCCCGGUGCAGUAUCAGGCUCGUUAAACGGAGCCUUCCCAGGAAACGCCGGCGGCCCAGGCGAACACGAAUUCUUCCGCCUCCUCAUGGCCUCCAUAACCAACAUGCCCACCUCCGUGCGCGCCACAAUCCAAAACUCCGGCCCCUACGACCGGCCCGCAAACGAAAACGUCACCGUCGCACCCUUCAUCCUCCCGCUCUCCGCCCCGCUGGGGACCUACACCGCGAUAGGCCCUCAUGGACCCGUGGGUUGUAAUGCGCUGUAUUGCCCGUCGUCGUCGAAUGAUGGGUUGACGUGGCUGGGCCAGGUUCCGAGGGUUAUCCCCGGGUUGGUUGGGUUGGAGAGUCGGCCGAGUGGGUGUGAGGCGCAGUUCACGGGGAACGUGGAUUUACCUGAUAUCACGAUUUUUGGAGAGCCUGUUUUUGGUGAUACUGAGACUUCGUAG